UGAAAAAGAUAUUUGAUAUUGGAUAAGCGUUUGUACAAGUCUAUGUGUUUCUCUAUCUUCCCUCUGAUUUAAAUUUUGCGUUACAAUUCGACGUCAUGAUAUCUAUGCAAGACAUAAGAGUAUGGGCAGAGAAGCAUAAUAUGUAUAUGGAUUUCGUGGGCCAGAAAAAAGCUGAAAAAUUUAUGAACCGAAUGAUAAUAGCAUUUCUGAUUAUCGCAUUCCCAGUUGGAUAUUGCAAACAGCAGCUGUCUGAUAGCGUCCUAAUACUCUUGUUUGGUUGUAUACUUACGGCACUUGUUGUAUUGCCUCCAUGGCCAUUUUACCAUAAAAAUCCAAUUGACUGGUACCACGAAGAACCAAAAAGCAGCAAAAAACAGACCAAUUCUUAAGUCAUGUCUUCAGUUUAAUUUUUUAUUUUUCUCAAUAAUAAAUUUGAUUUUUCUGACGCC